AAAGCCACGAAAGAGGGCAUAAAUUGUCACCAGAUUAACCAUAAUUAAAGCCACUUAGCGACCAGCGAAUUUAACCCGUGAGCAACAAGAGCAUUUGUGUGAGGAAAAGGUGAUAAAGGGCAAACUAUUCAUGUGAGUUGAAUUAUAUUUCCAUCUAAAUCAUGCGUAAUAAAAUCAAUAUUUUUUAGUUUUAAGCUACUACCAGAAAAGUUGCUGUAAAAAUUCAGUUUGUUCUGAGGUCCGAACAAUCUUAAAAAUGAAUAACCUCACUGGCUAUUGCUGCGGGAUCUGCAAGGCUGCGGUGGAAAAGGACGGCGACCUGCCCUUCUGCGACCACUGCCAGCAAUUCUUCCACUACGAGUGCGCGCAGCUCGAGAAGGGUGUCAAGGACGAUUCUUGGAGGUGCCCCAACUGCGCGACCGAAAUGGAGGUCACCCAGGUCAUCGUGAAGUUUGACGACCUGGAAAAGACCCUGCAGGAGCUGGAAGCAGAAGCGAAGCGCCAGGAGGAGAGAAUCGUCGCGGAACAACAGCUGCACAAACGUCGCCUGGAGCUGCAACAGCAAACACAGCAGCGCCAACAAGAGGCCGAAAGGCAGAUGCUGGCCCUUGAGCAGCAGCUCAUGGAGCAACAACUCGCUGCCGAGAAGCAGUUCCAGGAACAGCAGAAAAAGAACAAGGAAGAUUUCGAGGCCAAGAUGGCACAACUAAAGGCCGAGGCAAAGAGUCCUGAAGAAAAGAAGAAAAAGAAAACUAAAACGUCCAAAGGGGACAAAAAGAAGCUCGAUGCCCCAGGCACAGCUGGCCCCAGCGGAAUCUCAACGCCGCUCCGGCAUCCGGGAGUUACGAUUCCAGAAGUACCCAAACCAAAACCGACUCCGAUACCGGCGGACUCAGGUGAAGAGGGUAACGGCAACGAAGGAGACGAGUCCGGCUCGGACACUAGCGGAACGGAGACGGAAUCCAGUUCGUCGGAUGAUGAGCAGGAAAAAGCGGAAGUAGAACCACCCAAGCAGCUACGGGGGCCAACGAAGGCGCAGCUUACUGCCCGCCAGUUCUUGGCCAGAAAACUGCCCGUAUUCACUGGACGCUGCGAAGAGUGGCCAAUGUUUAUAAGCAGCUACGAGACGUCGAACCUGGCCUGCGGAUUUUCGAACGUCGAGAACCUCGCCAGACUGCAAGACAGCAUUCGGGAGCCAGCGUUGACCAACGUGCGCAGCCUACUGUUGCUGCCCGAGAAGGUCCCGGCGGCGAUCGAAACUCUACGCAUGCUGUACGGCCGGCCCGAACAGCUGCUCAACACGCUGCUGAUCAAGGUACGGAAGGCCGACUCUCCCAGGUCGGAUCGUCUGGAGUCGUUCAUUUACUUCGGCGUCGUGGUCCAGCAGCUCGUAGACCACCUCGAGGCCACCCACAUGAACGAUCACCUGGUCAACCCACUGUUGAUCCGAGAGCUGGUGGAGAAACUACCCGCCGGGUCGAAACUCGAAUGGAUUCGGUUCAAGAAGCUGAAGAAGCACGUCUCGCUCCGAACUUUCGCUGACUUCCUAUCGGACAUCGUGACCGACGCUAGCGAGGCCACACUGUUCACCGAACCGCAGCUGCAACAUCAGCCGCAGUCUCGCAGAGACGUCAAACCAAAAGCUGGAUCCAGAACGCACGAAAGCUACCUUCACACUCACGCUGCUGCGGAGAAUAGCGGAGACACAAACCAUGCCGGUGUAAACAACAAAAGACCAUGCAGGAUUUGUGAUCGCACCGACCAUCGAGUCCGCAACUGUGAGAAGUUCAAGCAGCUGAAAUUGGAGGAUCGUUUGGACGCAGUCAAGAAGUGGCAACUCUGUAAGCUGUGCCUGAAUGAGCACGGGUCUGCCCGCUGCCGGAUGAACUUCAGGUGCAACGUGGGAAACUGCAAGGAGCGGCACAACGCACUUCUGCACAGCGACGUCCCCGCAACGGUCGCCAACUGCAACGCUCACGAUGUGCGGGCCAGACAGCCGGUGAUCUUCAGGAUGAUUCCGGUCACGCUGUACAACGGCGGCAGAUCGGUCAACAUUAUCGCGUUUCGCGUACACGUUGGUGGACGAGUCCAUCACGAAGUUGCUGAACGUUCGCGGCUCAGUUCAACCACUGCGCAUUAUGUGGACUGCUGGAGUUUCAAGGCUGGAGAGACAAUCGGAGAACGUGUGCCUGUCGAUCUCUGCAAGAGGGGUGUCGACUCAGUUCCAGAUCAAGAACGCCCACACCGUGAACGAGCUGAAACUUCCGGAACAAACCGUGUGCUUCGCAGACGUCGUCAAGGAGUACAAGCAUCUGCACGAUCUCCCGGUGGCAGAUUACCGCGGCGCGCCGAAGAUCUUGAUUGGCUUGAAGGAUCUGCACCUGUACGCGCCACUCGAGUCUCGGAUCGGCGGCGCUGGAGAACCAAUCGCUGUAAAGUCGAAACUUGGAUGGACGAUCUACGGACCCCACGAGAACAAUGCGCCAGCAGCUGGAUUCGUAGGUCAUCAUGUUUGUCACCAAGUCUCUAACCAAGACCUGCAUGAUCUCCUGAAGAACCAGUACCUCCUCGAAGAAACUGGCAUCUCCAUGGCGCUGCUGCCGGAGUCGGACGAGGAUA